UCAUCACAUGUGCAUUCUCAGACUUUAGUAUUUUCACGUUUUACAGCCUGACUAUUUAUUUUAAGUUCGAAGCUCACUCUUAGAAACAUCAAAUUCACUCUUGACAUACAUAAACACACAAAAAAAGAGUAAAAAACUAACAUCGUUAUCUUUUUGACCGCACCCACCCAGAUAGUACAGGACCCAUCCGUGCCUCGUUCCAUCUCGCUCCUUCCCCAAAAAAACUGGAGUCUAGCUUGACACAAGUCCCAAAAUGGAUAUGGCUGGAAAAGCAAAUACGGAUACGGUGUGUUUACUUUUCUCAUUCAUACUAACUGCGACGCGGAAAUUAAUCUCAGUAGCUACAUCACGCAAAAGAGUGUCUCCAGGAAGAGCUGGACUAUACAAAGGAGAAAGGUGGACUCUUCAAACAUUUCCUCUUUUGUUUAAUUUUUUAAAGAUGGUCACAUUUUCUGCUCUUCCCUGUUUACGUGCUUAGAAAAGGGUACGACUUGUUGUGACUUUGCGCCCUCUCGAAACGUCAUGAGACCAUAAAAUGUAGCCGUAGGCGUGAUAUAAAAAUAAAAAUUAUUACGUGGCUUUCUCGUAUAUGGGCGGUGCAGCUGUGUAGUACCUCUAGACCUGAAAACAUUUCUCUUUCAAUGCUAUUUUCUAUCGCGAUCAAGAACAAGUAAUUGGGAAAAUAAUUUUCUGAACUAUUGGAUCCAUCUUAUAAUAUCGUGCCUGAAGAUCUGGAAGAUGAGGUUCUCAUUAGUGGCAUGUCUAUUUUUUUUACACAUCUGUUGUCUGGCUGUGGGAAACGAUCGUUCCCCGAGGAUGAUAUUCACAGAGAAAGAAGCUGCAAUGAAUAGGUUAGAUCUUCCUGAUGAUCCACCGGUGCGGAUUCUUCUAGAAGAGCAGCCGGACACUGUCUUAGCUGUUGGAAAAACAUACCUGAAUACCUACAUUAAAAACCAGAAAAAGAAUCAAAGACGUAUGCGGUUGGAGAAUUGCAACAGUGAGGAUUGCAGCUAUAACAUCACUUUGGCCCACCUUAUGGAAGAUGCUAACCAGUUGUUUGUGUGUGGAACCACUGACGAUGAAACAGUUUGCUGUAACUUGAAUUUGGCAGAGCAGUCACCGAUAUGCAAGGAUAUAAAAGAUAUAAGCUCGUUUAACAUAAAUGAGGGUGACCUGUCGGCCCUUGCAGAAUCUGAACAAAGUACAGAUCUCUACAUAACACACUCUGGAUCUGAUGAAUCUGUUGGCAUUCACAAAUUUGGUAAAGCAAGAGUGCAGCCAAAGAACCACAAUAAAGAGCAGCAUUAUGUAGGAUUGGUGCUCAGCAAACGCGAGGAUCCCUCCCAGAACAGAGUUUAUGGCUUCUAUAAGGAGAAAACCGAAGACACUGGACUGUUCAGUGAAAUGUGGCUCCCCUUUGUGACCCAGGUUUGCAUGACAGAUGUUGGUGGUCCUAAGAACAACUUGCAGUUUACUUGGACAUCCCAGAUGAAUGCCAGGCUCUUCUGUGGAGAUCAGGAGAGAAAACAGCAUUUCUCUGAGCUGGUGGAUGUUUCCACUGUGGAUGCAGAUCGAUGGCAGGAUACAAAGAUCUAUGCACUCUUUAGAAAUGAAUGGGGGAUGAGUGCUGUCUGUGUCUACACGAUUGAAGACAUCAACAAAAUCUUCGAAAACUCUCCUUUCAAUGGCUACACAAAAGACCAAAUGGACAGACCAAGGACGUGCGCUCCUGAUAGCUCCAAGCUUCCAGUGGACACCCUGAAGAAGAUUGAAAAGACUUCAGAGAUGGAGCAGUUGGUUCAUCCUGUCGGCAACCCUGGCCUUCUUUUCUUUAACCAUCACAACUAUACCCACAUCCAAGUUGACAGUAAACCAAACAGCAGAAGUAGUAAUCAGAACGUCAUCUUCCUAUCUUUAAAUAAUGGAGGGAUUCAUAAGGUGCUGCAGAAUGAAAGUCACACCUUUGUAAUUGCUGAGUAUCAACCAUUCAAACAAAAAGCACACGUUCUCAGCAUCAUCCUUCAGUCUACCUUUAAAAAGCUGUAUGUGAAUGAUGGAAGUCAACUGGUCCAACUUGAUGUAGCAGACUGUUCCCAGUAUGGAGAUACCUGCCAGGACUGUAUGUUAUCCAGAGAUCCUUACUGUGGCUGGGAUGGCACCCAGUGCAUACGUGACACAAAGGGGAGCUGGCGUGAUGCAGCCACUGGGGACCUUUCCAUCUGUAAUAAGCACAAUGCAUCAAAUUAUAAAGGUGACCCAGUCCCAGUCCCACGUUACUCAAAGUAUUUCCUUCAAUGCCCAGUGUCAUCCCGUCAUGCUCAGUACAGUUGGCAGCACCAUGAAAACUCUACAGCCUGUAGCUCGGGGAAAGAGCAGUGCCUUUAUCUGAUUGACAACAUGGACAGUGAGUGCAAGGGAACUUACAAAUGUAUAUCACAGGAGAUGGGUUACAGUAAAGUCCUGGUACAGUACGAACUACAGGUGGAGAAUGACGCGAAGACCCAACAGUACAAACAACUGUGGCCGAAUAAGGCAGAGGGCCGAAAGACAAGCCUAGUGAUCUGGGUUUGUCUAAUGAUGGCUCUGAUUAAGAGUUUGUCCUUUUAGUUCCUCAGUGAUGUAAGUUAGAGGCUGAAUCUGUGAUAUUCUAAAAUCUUAAAUUUGUUACAAUUACUGUUUUUUCAGUGACAGUUAUUGUUUCUUUCCUUCCAUUAAUUAACUGCACUUCCAACAUCUGUGUAAACAUCUGUAACAGCUGUGGCUCAUACGGGUAAUGCAAGCCAUUCGAGUUAUUUUGUUUGGUUUUUCCAGUGCAAUAUCAACUCUCUGCAAUAUAUGUCAUUUUUUUUUAAACAAAUAAUGACCUUAUGAAUUGUAUGAAAAUGUAAACGUUCUUUUAACUCUUUCUUCACAAAUUGCUGAGAAGCCCUUAUGUGUUUUGAAAAGACUGCCAGUAUUUUAGAGCAUUUUUAUUCAUGUACGUGUUGCAAUAUGAAACUUUCUAUUUCUAAUCUUUACAGUUAUUGACGUGCUGUGAAAAAAUAUUUGGCCCCUUUCUGAUUUUUUUAAGUUUUUUGU